AUGAAUUUUUCACCGGAUAACCCAUAUAUUCAACAUAAUAAAGAUAUUAUUAAUAAACCUUUACAACAAGAAAAAACAAUUGUUAACGCACCACCUCCAAAGAAACAGGCGAGAAAACUUUGUAUUGGAAACACGUAUUCUUCUAAAAUUGAUUUUGAAGUUGCAGACCCUAUAACUGUUAUCGAUUCAACAAUUCCAGAAUAUGAUCGUUAUCAUUUGAUAAGAAUAAAAGUUGAUUCUGAAAAUAAUCCAUUUGUAAAUUGGAAAAUUAUGCCAAACGACUAUAAAGUUCCCGAAAAUUAUUACGCAAGAUGCAGUAAAACAGAAACUUCAAUAAAUGGAAAUCGUAUACGUAUUGAUGCAUUUUCAGUUAUUCCUAAGAGUAUGAAUUCAAAUACAUUUUUUGAGAUGGAAAUAGAACUUAAUGAAGGAUUCAGUUAUUGUGUUUUUAAUUGUCAAGAAGAGGAUGUUGAUGAAGAGUUGCAACCGAAAGAACAGGAUAUAACUGAAAUAAUUAACAAAGAUAAAUCUGAUGAAGACACAGUUUUAUCUCAAGAUGGAAAAUCUAAUAAUGAAGAGACAACACAGAAAAUACCUGUUGAUCAGGUCAAUAACGACCAAAAUAUUAAAUCAAAUGUCGAAAAAAUUCAAUACGUUUUAAAGG